UCCGGUGAGCGCGAGCGGGGGGACACUUGCUGCGGAGAGAAGAGACCGAGAGAGGACCACGCGCCGCUCCGCACGAACAACAGACCACUUUCACUACGACCCACGAGCCUCGCGACAUGUCUUCAAAGUGCCCCAAGUGUGACAAGACGGUGUAUUUCGCUGAGAAGGUGGCAUCGCUGGGGAAGGACUGGCACAAGUUGUGUCUCAAGUGUGAUCGCUGCAACAAGCUGCUGACCGCCGGAGGCCACGCUGAGCACGAUGGACGGCCCUACUGCCACAAACCGUGCUAUGCUGCCCUCUUUGGGCCGAAAGGCGUGAACAUCGGUGGCGCCGGCUCUUAUGUGUACGACACUCCGGCCAACAACAACCCGUCUCCCACGAGUGUGGAUUCAGGCCCCAAAGCCGAGGAGAAGCGAGUGUUCGCCCCGAAGGUGGCGUCCAAAGCUGCUGGCAUCACCACCUUCUCCGGAGAGGCCAACUUGUGUCCCCGAUGCAACAAGAAGGUGUAUUUCGCCGAGAAGGUGACGUCCAUGGGCAAAGACUGGCAUCGACCCUGUCUGCGCUGUGAGAGGUGCAGCAAGACUCUGGCUCCCGGCAGCCACGCGGAGCACGACGGCCAGCCCUACUGCCACAAGCCGUGCUACGCCGUCCUCUUCGGGCCCAAAGGCGUGAACACCGGUGGUGUUGGCAGCUACAUCUAUGAAAAGGAGCCCAGUGCAGUGACCCAGCCUUGAACCUUUGUUGUCCCACCCUCCGCUUCAUCCCUUCUUCUUCUCUUCACACCACUGGCCACCAACCGCAGUGUUAUUCGUCGCCCGUUGGUCUUCCUCCCACCUUAUUCGGAUCCUUUAUCCCCCCCCUUCAUGACCCUUCGUCACCCGCAUCCCGGCUGAUUUUAUAGAUGCGUUUGCACCCGGGAGAGAGAGCCACAGCCAGCAUUCAUUCCCCCACAGGUUGCUACAAAUAUUUGUUAUUUAUUUGUUUGCCAUGUUUACACAUUUAUAAACGUGUACGGGAACCACGUUGCAUUGUCACCACAGUAAAAAUACGAAGGUGUUAUAUUUCAAUGUUGUACCGUGAAAACCGUGCGAUCGAGGGAAUGUCUAGUUUUUUUUGUUUUUUUUUGAGAUGACGGAUGUUUGUUUUUCGCAAAUAGCGUGACACGAGAGAUGGGAUUCUCAGAUUUGGGGAGGUGCAUUGUGGGUAGGUUAAUUUUUUUUUUAUCUUUGAGGCCGCUGCAUCCUCCAGGUGGUGCUCGGGAGCACGGUGCCAAUAAAAUCUGUAUUUAAUAAAACGCCAUAUUUGCAUUUUGGCUGCCGGACAACAUUCCUUUUAUGUAUAACAUUUUUAUUUUUAAAGCGCCAACACAUAUAUUGUUAAAAAAAUAAAAUAAAAUAAAAAGGUGGGAACGUUGAUCUCUCAGGGGGGGACUGUUACAUGCUUUUUCAACACAUCCACGAGGCUGUAACAUGAAUUCAUUUGACUUUUGGGGCACAUGUUAAUAAACCUGUUUUAAUGUAAAAAAUCUGGAUAAUGUGCUAAAUGAAUAAAUGUUUUAAUACGAGGCAGAAUGUGGGUGAAGGGAGGGCCGUGCUUUCGCCAGAGCAGCAACAUGUAUUUAUAGCUUCAAAUGGAGUCCUUAAGUGAAUUAGCCGAUGCACUACUACCCUCUACGUGACUUCAAGAAGGUCGAACAAGGCGACGUAAGCUGUAUUAAUCUCUACCAUCAAGAUUUAUAUCGUUUUUAUUUCAAGUCGCACUGCUGAUGACGCACUAUUUAAAGUUUUUGUUGCCGUUGUUGUUGCCAUUAACAGUAGCUUAGCGUGUAGAAACACUGCAGACAAGUCAUUCUGAGAGAAUGUGCAUAGAGUUUUAUUAGUUUUAUUGAACGACUGUUUGUUUCCUACCUGUUCGGAGACCCUUAAACAAAAUAAACAAAAUUCAUCUGA